GCAAGAGUAACCGCAGAAGAAGAAAGAAGCCGGAAGUGCGACUCUUGUUUUGCAGCUUUGUUUCCGGUUCCGUCUCGCAGGUAAAGAUGAAUGCUCCUCCAGCCUUCGAGUCGUUUCUCUUGUUUGAAGGAGAAAAGAAGAUCAGCAUCAGCAAAGACACCAAGGUACCCAACGCCUGUCUGUUUACUAUCAACAAAGAAGACCAUACGGUGGGAAACAUCAUCCGAGCUCAGCUGUUGAAGGAUCCCCAAGUUUUAUUUGCUGGUUAUAAAGUUCCUCAUCCACUGGAACACAAGAUCGUCAUCAGAGUCCAGACUACAUCAGACUACAGUCCACAGGAGGCGUUCACCAAUGCCAUCACAGAUCUUAUCAGUGAGCUGUCGUUGCUGGAAGAACGUUUUAGAGUCGCCAUCAAAGACAAGCAGGAAGGGAUCGAGUGACAGCGCCCACAUGAUGAGCUCCUUUUUAUGUUCUUGUGUGUUUUUAUAAAUAAAGUCGGAUGUCUAAGUUG